AUGCCAAAACGAGCAGUUUCAUUUGCCGAUGAUAUUGAAACGCGGACUUUUAAGCGAGACCGUUUGGAUAUUGAGGGGCUAGAAAAAGAUGAGGAUUUUGAUAUGCCGAUGGAAGAAAAAAAUGAACAGGUAGGCUGGUGUUUUAAUUGUUUUGUAUUUACGAAAUAAAAGAUUAAUAAAUAAAUUCCGAUCCAGAAAAUUGAUGAAGAAGAAGAUGAUAAGAAAAAGCAUCAUACAUUGGAAAGUGACGAAGAAGAAGAGGAAGAUCACAAAAGACUUGAUAUGAAAAAAGUGGAAGGACAAGAGGAGACAACUAUGGAUUUCGAAGGAAAUAUCAAAAUCACCGCGUUCAAUAUGAAAGAAGAUUUGGAAGAGGGACAUUUUGAUGAGACUGGCAAUUUUAUUUAUGAUAAGAAGGAGAAGGAUUUACAGGUAGAAGCUAGAUUUUUCUGAUAGUUUAUUUAUUGUUUUUUUUUUUGCAGGACGCUUGGCUUGAUGGCAUCGAUUGGUCGACGGUGAAAAAACGAGCCGGUGAUCAAUGGGAAGGUGAAAAUGGGAAAAAAGAUGGCGAAGAUGAUGAUGAUGAGGAGAAUGCGCCGGUGACAAUGAGUGAUUUGAGAAAGAAGGAGAUUUUUGAGCAACUUGUGGAGGUAAUUUUUAAUGGAAAAUAUGGGGGUUCCAUCUUUUUUUUUGUAAAACAUAUAAUUUUUGGUUCUAACACGAGACCUGAACAAUGCUUCAAAAUUCCAUGUUCCUUUGAACUUCUUGGUCUCGCCACGAUUUCCUCUAUUUUUCCCCUAAAUUCCACAUUUUCCAGCUCCUCAAACCGAAUCAAACAGUGGCGAAAGCAUUAACAGAGUUGAAAAAGAAAAAGGGUGAGCUCUACUUUCUUUCUCUCUUUCCAUAUUUAAAAAUAUCUCUCAUUUUCGAAAAAAAAACAACAAAAAAGUAAUUAUAGGUCUUUCUGCUGCCGAAGAGCGAAAAUUGCGAUGGGCAGCAAAAAAGGCGGGAAAAUCGCUGGAAGAAACGGAUGGACAAAAAGAGACGACAAAAUUGAGCGGAUUGGCUGAUGAAUUGAUUUCGGCUGGAUUUGUGAGUUUUUUUGGGUGAAAUUAAAUUUUGGUUGGCUACUCGAAACACUCCAGUAAAUUUUUUUACCUUUUUUGAAUGGUUCGGCUAUAAUUCUAGUUACCAGAAUUGAUUUUUUAUGGUUGAUUUUUCUUUAUUGAUUUUUCAGACUGUCUGGUUUGAAAGUUCCCAAAAUUUUGAAAAAGAACGGGUUUUAUAGAAAUUUUUCUGAAAAUGUUUAAUUCACAAAUUUUCGAGGAGCUCUUAGACUAAUAAUUAUUUUCAAUGAAAUGUUUUUUCAAAAAAUCAAAUGUGAAAAUUCCCCAAACAAAGUUUAAAUUAUGACGUACCAACUAACCUAAAAUUUGUCAUAUUUUUUUCCAAAAAAAUUUUUUUUUUUUAAUUUUCAGAUGGAUGCUUAUGAAUGGCACAAGGAGAAAAUCGCAUUUCUCCUCCAAAAAAUGACAAAUACAGCUGUCGAUGAUUUGGAUAUGUUUUCUGAUGAACCAGCAGUUGCCACGUCAUCUACUUCGGCAACAAACCAAAAUGAUUUGGACGAUGAAGUGAAAUGGGAAUAUAAAGAAAAUGAUGAACCGAAUACACCAAUACAGGUUAGAGAUUUCGAGUUUUUUAUGCUAACGACCUGAAAAUACAGUAUUUUUGAAAAUUUGAACUAAAAAAAAUAAAUUUCGCUUUUCUAAAUUUUCAGAACCUGGAAAAUUUUAGUUUAAAAAUCAGGAUUCAAAGAAAAUAUCACGAAUAUUGUGAGCUUCAUUUUUAGACCAUAAAGAAGCAGCUGAAUUUUUGAAUGACAACAUUUUCCGAUAAUUCUCAUGUAGGCUACAUUGAUUAUGCAAAUAGAGAAACAAAAUAUUUGCCAAAAAACAAAUUGAUUUUUGGUUUAAAAAUUAUUUUUGUAAGAACAUCAAUACCUUAUUUGAAAUACCGAUAUUAUCCCUAAAAUAAAUCAACUACUCUAAAAAUAUCUUUUAUCUCACCCUAACGUUACCCAAACUCUUUUUCAUUUUUCUUCCAGGGACCAUUCACAUCUUCUCAAAUGGCUGAUCGGCAAUCAAAAGGCGAAUUGUCACAAAAAGGAGUUGCAAAACGCAUGAACACACCUGGAUCUUUCAAUCCGGUUUCAAGAAUCGAUUUUGAUUUGUAUUGCUAA